UUUCUUUACCUCUUUUAAAUAAAAUAUUUUCAGGAGAUUGAAGAUAUCGCGCUUUACAAUAGCGCUUUUUGACGAUGGACUUCAGUUGGCGCCAUCAUUGUGGUUAUUUGACAAUAAAACAAUGUGUCACUGGCCGCCUUACACGAGCGAAAAGAAAAUUCGGAUGGCAAUUAUCGAAGAAACUAGUCCUGAUUGUAUUUGGAUUACUCACAAAGUUUUGCGCAUUUUUGGGACCUCAAAUACGUACGAAUCAGGAAUUGAAAAAGUGAAAAUUGCCCAAGAUUAUUCCGACUUGGAUAUUUCCGACGUCGACAUUUCACAUCAGAAACGUAUAUCACGUUCAAAAAGGAUGUUUAGAAAUAAUUACUCUUCAUCAGCUUCUGAAGACAGUGAUCAAAACAAUAACACUAUUUCUGAAAAUCAACAAAUAAAUAAGAAAAAACUCUUCUAUCACCACCGUCAUUGCCAAAAUCGUUUAUUGCCAAUAAACCAACAAACAACGAAAUAAUGCUAAAUGAAGAAGUUUAUCCUAUUUCUAAUAAAAAUGUUAUAAAGGAGGCCUUAGUCACUUCAGACACUCCAGGCAAAAGUUAGU